UUGUUGCAGUGGUAGUGUGCGAGCUUGCUGACCGAAAAGUGGAAUCCGGUCACCUGUGUUCGUGGAGUCUCAGCCGCCGACGAUCUCAGGGCUGGUUCCCGUCCCUUCGGAGCCCCGGAGGCCAAACUGGGAUUACAAUUUUAAGGUUUCCUAGAGGGCGAAAGAUAAGGAGCCGACCUUCCCCCCCCCCCCCCCCCGGUGUCUGCUGCGGGAGUGGCCAACCCCUACCCGAGUUAAAACUCCCGGGGAGUCUUCGCUGUUCCCACCUCCGCUUCUCCCGCCACGCUCCCACUUGGGGUUCCCCCCACCAGGGCCGCGAGUCGCCGCGGUCGCCGCAGCUUGGCUGGGGGCUGGAUGUGCGCCCCCGCGGAUUCCCGGGAAUCUGGAAGCGGCCGCUGAGCCGCGGCGCGGGCGGAAAGUUCGUAUCCGCCCCGUGCAGCCUCACCCCGCAGGGGCGUCCACCAUGAUCACCCGUGUCUUCAGCGUGCGCGUGUGGGCCCCGGUGGGCGUCUUGACUUCGCUGGCGUAUUGCGUCCACCAGCGGCGGGUGGCCCGGGCCGAGACCCCGGGGGCGCCUAGCCAGCGUCCUGUCGACCGGAGUCUGCUGGAGUUGAAAAUGGUGCAGGUCGUGUUCCGACACGGGGCGCGGAGUCCUCUCAAGCCGCUCCCGCGGGAGCAGGCAGAGUGGAAUCUCCAGCUAUUAGAGGUCCCACCCCAAACUCAGUUUGAUUACACUGUCACCAAUCUAGCUGGUGGCCUGAAACCACAUUCUCCUUUCGACUCUCAGUACCGUAAGACCGUACUCAAGGGAGGCAUGUUUGCUGGACAGCUGACUAAUGUGGGCAUGCAGCAGAUGUUUGCCCUAGGACAGAGGCUGAGGAAGAGCUAUGUGGAGGACAUCCCCUUUCUUUCACCAACCUUCAAUCCACUGGAGGUCUUUGUUCGUUCCACUAAUAUAUAUCGGAAUCUGGAGUCUACCCGAUGUUUGCUGGCUGGGCUUUUCCAAAGUCAGAAAGAAGGACCCAUCGUCAUCCACACUGAUGAAGCAAGCUCUGAAGUCUUGUACCCCAACUACCAGAACUGCUGGAGCCUGCAGGAGAGAACCAGAGGCCGGAGGCAGGCUGCCUGUUUGCAGCCAGGAAUCUCCGAGGAUUUGCAAAAGGUGAAGGAAGGGAUGGGCAUUGCCAGUAAUGACGGAGUAGACUUCCUCAGCCUCCUUGACAAUGUGGCUGCUGAGCAGGUGCACAGCCUCCCGAGCUGCCCCACACUGAGGAGAUUUGCACAGAUGAUUGAGCAGAGAGCUGUGGACACGGCCUUGUACGUUAUGCAGAGGGAAGACAGGGAGAGCCUUCAGAUGGCAGUUGGCCCAUUCCUCCACAUCCUGGAGAGCAACCUGCGGAAAGUCAUGGACCCUGCCACCGCACCAGGCAAGACCAGAAAGCUGUACCUCUAUGCGGCUCACGAUGUGACCCUCAUGCCUCUCUUAAUCAUCCUGGGGAUUUUUGACCACAAAUGGCCCCCGUUUGCUGUUGAUCUAACCAUGGAACUCUACCAGCACCAGGAAUCUAAGGAGUGGUUUGUGCAGCUCUAUUACCGUGGGGAGGCUUCCCUGAAGGGUGGAGUUGGGGUGAGGUGGCAUGACCCACAGUCUCCAUUUUGGAAGCAAAGAUCCAAACUGGUAUCAGAACUUGAGAGAGCACCGGUCCGGGAAUCACAGGCUGUGAGUUCAAGUCCUACCUCUGUAUGUACCAUCUGUGUGACUUUGGGUAAGUCUGUUAACUUCCCGUGAACAAGCUUGUAUAUCCUCAUUUGUGAAAUGAGGCCCUCAUAUAGUGUCUCCUUCACAGAAUUAUCCCCGGGCUCUUCUUGAUUAGCUAUGCCAUGCACUUAAUGAUGUGAGGAGGAAAGUGCCAUACAAAUGUAAGGCAUCACUCACAUCUUCUGAGCGUUCCUCUGAGGGUUCCCGAGGCAUGGGCACCCUGUGCUGGAUAGCGUACUGUUGGUGAGAAGAUCCUGGUGACUGUUUUGGGGGAGUUUAAGCUGCUUGUGGGACGGGGAAAGAAACGCCUACCUUGGAGUAAAGAUAAAGAGUCAGGGAUUUGGAUUCCAGCCUUAACACUCUCCCGGGCCCUAUGACCUUGGACAACCCACUUAACAUUGCAGAGCCUCUGUUCAUGAGAAUAUUGAUGGGGAGGCUGCUCUCUGUGAGUGGGAGGGAGCAAGUGGUAGAGGGUGAGAGCAAAAGAGCUCUGUGAAAGGUCUGGAACAUGUAGCUGCUCAAGAACAGCUUCUUGAAUGAAUCUACAUCUUCAUGUGUUUGGGCCUUAAACUAGACUUCAGUGGCUCACCAUAGGCCCAGAAGUGUGAGUCGCUCCUUGUGGUGUGGGGAUCCUUAGAGAAGGCAGGUGUGUGCUUUGGAAUCCAAGGCAUGGCCCAGGUAAACAAGUAAAGCAGGUGUGCCAUGAGGUUGGGGCCAGUGGUGAUAAGGCUGUUUAUACCGGUUGGGAAAGCAGGGCAUUUUUCUCUGAGGCAGGCUUUCUGCAGAGGAGAAUCUGGAUUCGAGAGAGAUUAAACGUCUCAAAGGUAAAGGAGAGAUGUAAGGAAAUGGCCUGCACUGAAUCACUGCAAAGGACAGUAUUCAUCAGAGAAUUAAUUUGGAAGGAAAUAGAGUGUGAAAUAGCAGCAGAGCUUUCAACUCUGGGCACUGUGGCCUUAGAAACGAGGCUUGCCAAGGCCCAGCCCGGGAGCUCCUUCCAGAAAAGCAGUCGGGGGAUGCCCAGAGACCACAAAUUGCUGAGCUCGGAAGGAACUGAUUGAGUGUGUAAUUAAGGGGAGGGUUGUAUAACACUUGGGUAAGUCGAAUUUCAUGGGGUCAAACCAGCGGGGCUUCUGGGAGAUGAGAGAGCGGUCCCUGGAGCUGUUAGUAAGGGAAGCCAGAUGCAUAAGUUUAGAUCCAGCUUACCUGGGCCUUGUGGAGACGAGGAUGGAAAAGAUCAGGAAGGGGAAAGGUUGAGUGAGUGUUCCCUAAAUCAGAGGGUCCCCAGAUGCUCAAUACCAUGGUGGUUCUGUUCUGGGAGUGAGGUAACAUUACGGAGCAAUGGGAAAAAUCCCCAGAAACUGAAAGAUCAGAGGGCCUGUGACUUGGCCAAGGACCCAUAGCGUGAAGGAGCUUUAAUGGACUCUGAGUCCUGAUUGUGGGUCCAGAGUGUGUCUUGCGGUGCCACGCGGAGGGUGACAGCUGGAAGGGAACUGGCCAGUGUGUGAAGGGGGCGUCCUGUAUCCGGGAUGAGGGUAAUCCCGGGAAAGGGUACCAUUCACAGUAUAUCCGUGGACAAGAUGGAUAUGUGUUGGCCAGAUACCGAAACAAUUAGGUCUGUUCAUAACUGGUUGAAUUCCUAUACCCCAAAUCCCUACCUAGUAUUCCCUAAUCUGCAAGGCCCCACCUGACAGGACCCCUGCCCACCCUUCCACCUCAUCCCCUACCCCUUGCUUUCCCCUCAGAUCUUGAGAUGUUGGCUCCUGUUUGUGAUUCAGACCUCAGCUUGAAUGUGAUUCUGUCUUGUGUGGGUUAUUUCCUUAUGUGCUUAUGUGUAUGGUUAAUUUAGCGUUUACUUUUAUAGAGAUACACUAGAAGCCCGGUGGCUAGAAGCUCAGGCCCUGCAGCUGGACUGCCGAGGUUGACGGUCCAUCAUUUAGAAUCUGUACGAUCUCGAGCAAGUAACUUCACUCCUCUGGGUCUCUGUACACUUAAUCUAGAAAAUGGAACAGUGAUAGUAUUUACCUCACAAGAUUUUGUGAAGAACAAACACGUGCAGUGUUUAGAACAAUGCCUGGCACAUAGGAAACACUCAAUAAAUGCCAGCUAUCAUUAUUA